AUGACGAGCAGGACGAUCACGCGCGGCCGAGGCGCGCGAGGACAGCUCGUGCUCUACAACCCGCACACAGUGCCGAUUGAAGUGGCCCACGAGCUCGAAGGCGGUCAUGGCUUCCAACCAAAAGAAGCGACAGGUUGUCUGGCCGACGUGAUGAUCUCACAGCGACAGGGCGAGUUCCCCCCCGUGGCGUUCAUGCUUGUGCACAGAGAGGUGUCUGGGUUUUCGAUCGAGCGCACGGUCGACAGGAAAGCGCGAUCAAUGCACUCGAUUCUGAAGGCUCAGCAGGCAUUCAAGAACGCGUUUGCGAUCGCUGUUCUACCGAUCCCGCAGUAUUCGAGGCUGCAGCUUCUCGCCAUGAGAAGCUCAGCGAGUAUCAAGAUAUUCCCAGCCUUCAGCAUUCGUGCGGCCGUCAAGCUCAUGGUGUCCGUUCACGAAAAGCAUGCUAUCGAAGUCUCCAAGAAGGCUGACUUGCUCAACCAGCGCAUGGACGAAGAACUGCUCACUCGCCAACAUGCAAUGCAUACGCUGCGAACCAAUUUUCCGUUUCUUUCUGUGGACGAGUGUGACAUGCUCCUCGAUCUUUUUGGCAACAUUGCGUCAAUCUCCCUGGCUGGGGCGGAGAAACUGCUGGAUAUGACUGUGCUGAGCACAUCGGCAGCCCAUGCGAUCGAAACCUUCUUCACGACCGAGUAUGUUGUCGAGUGA